AUAAAUAUAAACAAAAAAAACAUUCUUGGAAGAAUAUUACUAGUUUCUUGUCACCAACAUUAUUUUUCUCUCAAAACAUAUUUGUGGGGUUUUACAAUCAUGUCUCAAUCUUCACAACACCACCAAUCAAUCAUGGAUGUUGAUACAAUGUUGGAUGUUUAUAUUCUUGAUUAUCUUGUUAAGAGGAAACUUAUUACUUCUGCAAAAGUAUUUGAAGACGAAGCAAAAGUCCCUGCUAACGUUCGUGCAAUCCAUGCUCCACGGGGUUUCCUCUUCGAAUGGUGGACAGUGUUUUGGGAUAUUUUUGUUUCUAGGUACAAGCUCCACCAAGGCUCUAUGGAACCUUGUGACGAGGCUAUGAGAGUACUGCAUAUGAUGCAGCAGCAAGAAGGUCAACAUCAACGUCAAACCGUCAACGCAAACAAUGCUGUUAAUGUGAAAAGCCCCUGGGUUGCGGAGACAUCAACCCCUAUGAGGCAACCAUUUCCACGGGACAUCAAUAGUUUGAUGGGCUCCUAUAUCAAUCAGAGUGCUCAAGGACCUGAGGGUUUACCGACUGGAGCUCAUGCAACCGGAGUUUCCAAUAAUGUACCUUUAAAGGGAUGGCCUUUGAUGGGGCCGGAUCAAAUUCAGAGUCGACUUCAUCAGCAGCAGGCUGCACUACAGCCGCCCCCACUAUCCUGCCAACAACAAAUAGAGAUCCAAGCUCAGCUUCUCAAUGAAAGAAAGAGAAGUCAAAUGGAGGGUCAAAUUCAGGUUCCAAAUGAAAGAAAGCGAAGUCAAUUGGACGGUCAAGUACAACCUCCAAAUGAAAGAAAGAGAAAUCAAAUCGAGGGUCAAUUUCAGCCUCCAAUGGAAAAUAUUACUAAGCAUGCGUUGAUUUCUUCAGCUAUUGUCAAUAGCCAAGGAACUCCAAAUGUGAAUGGGGUAUUCUCAAACUUGGCAGGAGAAGUGUCAAUGCCUAGCUCUCCGCAUAAUGAAAAGAUCAAUAUAGAUGAUUUCUUGAACUAUGGAGCUCUUGAUGGUAAUGAUAGUUCCUUUUCAUCUCGUGCGGGUAAAGAAGCCGAAGUUCAUCAUGCUUCAAGUGGUUUCAAGUUCUUGGAAAUUGGAAGUGUUCAUAUGACUAGUGUCAAUUGUUGUGACAUCUCAUUCGAUGGAAAACUGGUUGCAAUUGGUGGGGAAGACAAAAAGGCUAGAUUGUGGUGCUCGAGCUCUAGGGAAUCUAAAGCAACUCUUGAUGAACACUCGCAAGCGAUAACUGACAUCCGUUUUAGUCCAUCAAUGCUACGGCUUGCUACUUCUUCUCAUGACAAGACCAUCAGAAUUUGGGAUCUUGAAAAUCUGGGCAGUUCAAUCAGGACAUUCACUGGGCACUCAGCAUCUGUUACGUCACUCGACUUCCAUCCUAAGAAAGAGGAUCUCGUUUGUUCUUGUGACGAGACUGAGAUUCGUUACUGGACCAUUAAGAAUUCUGGCUGUGUUCAAUUAGCCAAGGGUGGUGCAAGUCAGGUUAGAUUUCAAUGUGGCAUCGGCAAGCAUCUUGCAGCUGUUCAUGGAAACACUAUAUCUUUAUUAGAUUUGGAGCGCCCUCAAGCUCGUAAGCAUGUCCUAAAGAGCCAUACAUCCAAUGUACAAUCUAUAUGCUGGGAUUUUUCUGGCGAACUUUUGAUAUCAGUAAGUGAAGAUUCAUUAAAAAUAUGGAGAAUGGAUUCUGGGGGAAAAGCAGACUGCAUUCGUGAGUUAAGUGUUUCUGGAAAAAGAUUUCAUUGUGCCACUUUCCAUCCGAUCCAUCCUUCUAUAGUCAUAAUCGGCUGCCAUAAGAGUCUAGAGCUUUGGAACAUGGCAGAGAACAUACUGAUGACGCCAAAUGAAGAACCUGUUUCUGCACUUGCUGUAUCGAGUACUUCUGGUUUGAUAGUUUCAGGUGGUCAUAACGACAGCAUCAUCAAGAUUUGGAAGUAGUUACCAAGUGUAGUACGUAAAUAAAUCUUUUUGUUGACAUUUACCUGAUGAGAGCAGAUUAGAAUGUGCUCUGAUGUACAUACUCAGGUUUUUAUCAUAAAUUUUGAAACUGCCUUGAACUCUUUUGAUGAUCCACGAUACUUUUUUCAA